GUAUUGGGGAACAUUGCCGCCCAAACUAAUUUAUGUGCCCAUCAGUUCCGUGCUGCAAAGGCUGACAUUUUUUUGGCAAAGCAGCAAUGGGCCCUCAUCGAUGUGCCAGAAGGGGGGAGACCUCAGCUCUGCGCCAAGAGGAGCUGUUUGCAGUUAAGAACAGAGACAAGAAGGAUGUUUACCUUCUUACCACCAUCCACAAAGGGAGGACUGUGGAGGUCUCUGUACGUGGCAGAGCUUAGAGCACAAGGAAGCCAGUGUGCAUCAAGGCUUAUAACCGGCAUAUGGGUGGGGUUGAUCUGGCAGAUCAGCUGCUGCAGCCCAACCUAAUUAUGCUGAAGACAACAGCCUGGUACAAAACAUACAAAAUGAAACAGACUUUUUUACAGUUUCAGCUCCAGAUCAUUUCAGGGAUUUUGUACCAAGAUGCACCUGCUCCCCGGGCGGUGAUGAGAGAGAGCAGAGUUGGGGCUACCCAUUUUAUUUUCAAAAUCACCCCUACUGCGGCGAAGCAGAAUCCUCAGAAAAAAAUCAGAGUCUUUACCAAGAGGGGCCAGAGGAAGGACAUUAUUUUUUACUAUCCUGAUUGCCCUGGACAGCCUGGACUCUGCAUUGGGGACUUCUUCAAGCGGUAUCACACACUGGCAGGUUGGACCCCACUGCAUAUUGCAGCAUCUGCUGGACGUGAUGACAUUGUUAAAGCUCUCAUUGAAAAAGGAGCCCAAGUAAAUGCAUCAAACCAGAUUGGCUGUACACCUCUGCAUUAUGCAGCAUCCAAGAAUAAGCAGGAGAUAACUCUUAUGCUGUUGGAAAAUGGAGCUUCUCCUGAUGCAACUGACAAAUUCCAUUCAACACCACUGCACCGAGCAGCAUCUAAGGGCAACUUCAAAAUAAUUCAAAUAUUAUUGUUGCACAAAGCAUCUACUAAUAUUCAGGACAGUGAAGGAAACACAGCUCUUCACCUUGCUUGUGAUGAAGAACGAAUAGAAGAAGCAAAAUUCCUGGUAGAAAAUGGGGCAAGCAUUUAUAUAGAAAAUACAGAGGAAAAGACCCCGUUACAGAUCGCCCGAGGAGGAUUUGGUGCCGUGCUGAGGAGAUUAGUGGAAACAAAGUUGCAAAACUGAGCAUCAGCUGUGGAACAUGUUUAAUAUAAGUGGUUAUUUUUAAGAGAUUUUUUUUUUUUUUAAUAAUAAUAAUACGUAAAACUUUUUUUUUUUUCUUCAAGUGUACAGUUAGCUUAAACUAGUUAUUACACAGAUGAAUUAUUUGUCACGUUACCACAGUUUAUGGCAAGUUGGAGACAUCUUAUAAUCCUUUGAUAGAAAUAAAAAUAAUUACUACAAGUGCAAACAA